AUGGGAGGCAGCAAAGGAUCUAAUGGUAAUAGUAAUAGCCAGGCGGCAAACCCAUAUGCUAGUGGGGCCAAGUCAUCCGAUGUGGCGGCAGCAGCAGCAGCAGCAGCAAGUGGUGGUGGAGCCCAUGCAGCAGGGUCUAUGAAAGCUCCUGGAAGAGAUGAUACAAUCUCCAGGGAGAGCUUUGAGAGCAACCCAGCUGCCUAUUUCAAGGAUUUGCGCAAAUAA